AUGACGACAGUGGGCGCCCAUCUCCUCACACCCUCACACCUUCCCGUCCAUAUCCACUCACUCCCACUCGUCCUCACGCACCCACCGCACUGCCAUGGCGGUCGCUUCCGCCGCUCCGCCGCGUCCCCCCGUCCCGCCGUCCCCGCCAGUGGCGCUCGUCUGCGCGCCCCUCACGACCCUCGAGCAGCUGCUCCAAUGGCGCCCCGGCAGCCCCGCCACGGGCGGAAUUUACAACCGCUCCACCGCGCCCUUCCGCGCGCGCAGCGCGCCCGGCGGGUUUCCGCGGCGGCGGCAGCGGGUGUUAGCGUGCCACAACAUGAUGGGGGGGUACGUGGAGGGCGCGCGCGCGCAGGGGAGCGCGCGCAGCUGGGUGUAGCGCGCGUGGGAGUGGGAUCCGGUGGACGCGUGGGUUUACUUCAGCCACCACCUGGUGAUGCUUCCGCCCGUGGCCUGGCGCAACUGCUGCCGCACGCGCGAAGUGCAGCUCCAAUGCCGGCUCCAGGAUGGCAAGGCAGUCCCCGAGGGACAUUCCUUCGCCCGGCAGCGCCACAG